AUGCAUAAUAUGGUGUGUGUUAUGGAUAGUAACCAGUUCGAGAAUAUUAGCCGUUUGGCGCACCAUAGAAACGUGGACAAUACGGACAUGACCCUGGCACUUUAUGUGUCCAAGUUCAAAAAGGCUAUUACCUGUUGUGUCGAUGAAUACGAUAGCCGUUUCCCAAAUGGUGUACCCAAGGCUCCCCAGUGCACCUCAUUCGCUAUGGCGCUGCCUAUUGUGCAGUCGGACAAUACCAUAAUUGGGGUACUCGAGUUAUACCGUAAGAAAGGGUCGCCGUAUUUCUUCGAGGAGGACGAGGAGAUUGCCAACAGUUAUCUAGUGUGGGGUGGAGUGGCACUACAUUACGCUGAGUCGUCAGCACCUACCUAA